AUGUCCGCCGAGGUUGCCAACACUGCCGCUCCGGCCGCUGAUGCCAACCCUCAGUCGCCUGGUGCCGACGCCAACGGUGCGGCCGUGAACACCAAUGUCGCGCCUGCCCAGGAGGUCUCGACUCCCACCUCCGCCGCCCCUUCCGUUCACCAGAACUCGGCCUCGCUCUAUGUUGGUGAGCUCGACCCUUCCGUCACCGAGGCCAUGCUCUUUGAGCUUUUCUCCUCGAUCGGCCAGGUCGCUUCUAUCCGUGUCUGCCGUGACGCUGUCACUCGUCGCUCGCUCGGUUACGCCUACGUCAACUACAACAGCUCCGAGGACGGUGAGAAGGCUCUUGAGGAGCUGAACUACACGCUGAUCAAGGGCAAGCCCUGCCGUAUCAUGUGGUCUCAGCGUGACCCCGCUCUGCGCAAGACUGGCCAGGGCAACGUCUUCAUCAAGAACCUGGACGCUGCGAUCGACAACAAGGCUCUUCACGACACCUUCGCUGCUUUCGGCAACAUCCUGUCCUGCAAGGUCGCCCAGGACGAGACUGGCGGCUCCAAGGGUUACGGCUUCGUCCACUACGAGACUGCCGAGGCUGCCAACAACGCCAUCAAGCACGUUAACGGCAUGUUGCUCAACGAGAAGAAGGUCUUUGUCGGCCACCACAUCCCCAAGAAGGACCGCAUGAGCAAGUUCGAGGAGAUGAAGGCCAACUUCACCAAUGUUUACGUCAAGAACAUUGACCUCGAGGUUACUGACGAUGAGUUCCGUGACCUGUUCGAGAAGUACGGCCCGAUCACCUCUGCUUCCCUCGCCCACGACCAGGAGACCGGCAAGAGCCGUGGUUUCGGUUUCGUGAACUUCGUCAAGCACGAGGAUGCCGCCAAGGCAGUCGAUGAGCUGCACGACAACGACUUCCGCGGCCAGAAGCUGUACGUCGGUCGUGCCCAGAAGAAGCACGAGCGUGAGGAGGAGCUCCGCAAGCAGUACGAGGCUGCUCGCAUCGAGAAGCAGUCCAAGUACCAGGGUGUCAACCUCUACGUCAAGAACCUUGCCGACGAGAUUGACGACGAGAAGCUUCGUGAGAUCUUCGCUCCCUUCGGCACCAUCACCUCUGCCAAGGUCAUGCGCGACACCACCCCAGCCGAGAAGGUUGAGAAGAAGGAGGGUGAGGAGGCUACCGAGGAGGGCGAGAAAAAGGAGGGUGAGUCUGAGGAGAAGUCCGAGGAGUCUGGUGAGGACAAGGAUGUCGACAAGAUCACCAAGGAGAUGGACAAGGUCACCAUCAAGGGUGAGAAGAAGAUCCUCGGCAAGAGCAAGGGCUUCGGUUUCGUCUGCUUCAGCAACCCCGACGAGGCCACCAAGGCCGUCACUGAGAUGAACCAGAAGAUGGUCCACGGCAAGCCGCUGUACGUCGCUCUUGCUCAGCGCAAGGAUGUCCGCAAGAGCCAGCUUGAGGCCACCAUCCAGGCCCGCAACCAGAUCCGCAUGCAGCAGGCUGCUGCCGUUGCUGGUAUGCCCGCUCAGCAGUUCGUCCAGCCUCCCAUGUUCUUCGGUCCUGGCCAGCAGCCCUUCAUGGCCCCUGGUGCUCGCGGCCAGAUGCCUGGCUUCCCUCAGGGUAUGCCCGCCGGCCGUGGCGGUGCCCCCUUCCCCGGCGCUAUGCCCAUGCAGGCCGGUCGUGGUGGCCCCAACGGCCAGCAGAUCCCGCCCAUGUACGGCAUGCCUCCUGGCGCUAUGCCCCCUGCUGGCAUGCCCGGCUUCAACCCCGCCUAUGCCCAGAUGAUGGCUCAGCAGGCCGCUACCAUGGGUGGCCGUGGCCGUGGUGCUGUCCCCGGCAUCCCUGCCAUGCCCGGUAUGCCCCAGAUGGCUGGCCAGGGUCCUCCUCGCCAGGGUGCUGGCCGUGGCAACGGUCCUCGCGGCCCCUACCCCGCUGGUCGCGGUAUGCCCGGUCAGGGCCCCGUUCCCGGCGGCGAGGGUCUCGACGUGACCACUCUCAACUCUGCUCCUCCCGCUCAGCAGAAGCAGAUGCUUGGUGAGGCUCUGUACCCCAAGAUCCACGCUCAGCAGCCUGAGCUUGCCGGCAAGAUCACCGGUAUGCUGUUGGAGAUGGACAACGCCGAGCUGCUUAACUUGACUUCUGAUGAUGCUGCUCUCCGCGCCAAGGUUGAGGAGGCCAUGGGUGUCUACCAGGAGUACGUCCAGAGCAAGGGUGAUGCCAAGCAGGAUGAGAACGCUGCUCCGACCGAGGCCCCCAAGGAGGGCGAGGCCCCUGCCGAGAACAAGGCUUAA